AAGGAACGGUUUCUUUUCGAUAGCUCAAUUUCCUUACUUUUUCUUUUACCUUUUAUGACAUAAUUAGAAGUAUUUUACAGGGACAGAAAUUCUUCAGCACAAUCCAUCUAGCUCUUAUUGGGAGAACAAUAUGAUCAAGAUGGUCUGAUGGAAUAGUAAUUGACGAAUGACAGGAAAAGAAGUUAUAACAAAGACUAGUCCGAAAAGCUGUGGCUCAAUGGAUACUACUUCCAACGCCGGAGCUGAAACAAACGAUUCUGCGAGUUCGAUGAGUUUCAAUGAAUUCGAAACAUUUGCAGAUGAGGUCAAUGGUGAUAUUCCUGAGGUAGACUACCGAGGAAGACUCAAAAGCGAGAAAUUACCAUCAGACGUUUACGUUUCCUCCAUUUCACUAUCACAGUCACAAAUUCUCAAAUCAGAUAGGACACCAAACUUUAUCAAGUCUUUACUGUCGACACGGACUCCUUAUGAAGAAUUUCACCGUCUUUUUAAGAGUGUCCCAAUGGACCAGUUCCCUAUAAAUGAUUUUUCCUGUGCUCUAAGUAGGGAAAUUCUACUGCAAGGAAGAAUCUACAUCACCCAAGGAUGGUUCUGUUUCUAUUCAAACAUAUUUGGAUGGGAGACACAAGUAACAAUAGAUUGUACAAAAAUUCAGUCCAUAACUAAAGAGAAAACAGCUUAUGUUGUACCUAAUGCAAUUCUUGUCUGCACUGAUGAGGAAAAGCACUUCUUUUCAUCAUUCUUGUCCAGAGAAACUGUCUACAAACUCCUCCUUCAGGUGUGGGAUGAAGUCAAAGCUAAAAAUGAGAAAAUGGACGGAGUGGAAUUGGAGAAUCAGAAAACCGAAGCUGGUUUUCCCACAGAAGAUAAAGAUGUGUGGGAAGAUGAAGAUGAAGAACAGAAUGCAGAGGAAAAUAAUGACUUACAAGGGAACAGCUCUUUUACAUAACUACUUGUUUUCUAAUAACUUGUUUAUUAAUGUGCAGUUUAUUUCUGCUCCAACGUAUUUCCAUAUUGGAACCUAAAAUCAUGGCACAAUUAUCUUAUCCUCCGGAAAAAAUUCUUCUACAAAAGUCCAUGUAUCAAUUGUGGAAACUUCGUCAGGAAGUUUUUGAUGCAGAAGUAGUUAGGUUUAAAACAAUUGUAGCAGCCAAUUUAAAUGCAAUCACACAGGUGCGGCAAACACUUAAAAUGUUGGAGGAUGAUCUUGAGGCUCAUAUGAGUAGAAAUUGCACUUUACUGGAGAACAACGUGUGUGUACAAAUUUGAGAAAAGGGCUCUCUUAAACCUUGAUUCCAGAACCCAGAUGUAGAGUGCUUCCACUAAACAUCUUUGUCUACAUGAAUAAUCUGCAAAUCUGAAACACCAGCUACCCUCUCCUAAACUUACAAACAGCCUGAAUACAAGUUGCCUGAGUUCCAAAAUGCAACCAACUUGAAAUGGAUGUGAAAUUUAGGUGCUAUUUUAAAAGCAUGUUCAAAUUGGUUAUUUAUCAUCCGCUAGUUUUAUGAGCAGUGUAUUUAUUUCCAUAAGUUUUAUAAAAAGUAUUUAGAUAAACAAGAAGUAUUCUGUAUUUAGUACAUCUGACUGAUGAUGAAAAGGUAGAUACUGAAAAUAAUUUGUACAUUAUAUUCAUUUUUGAACUAUAGUGAUUUGAAGUGAGUGAGGCAAAGCCUUAAAGAAGUUGUAAAUAUUAUUUUCACCAGAUUUAGUUAAAAAGCACAAUUGAAAUCUUUCAACCAUUCUGUGAUAACAAGUAAAAGUACAAAGAAACAUUUAAAAUGAGCCUUGACAGUGCAGGCAUUGUCAUCUCUCAUCUAAAGCAGCGAAGCUGCUGGAGUUUUAUGGGUGAAUCUUUUGAAAAAAUGUAGUUUGAAGAAGUUAGGGAUUUUCUUGAUAUCAAGUUACUGGAGAUCAGCGUGGGUUUGGGAAUUACUCAUUACAUAGCAUUUUAUAUAAUUGUUAUGUUGGUUAAACCAAAAUUGUGUAAUUUCUAUUAAAAAAAAAACAACAUACAGAAAUGCAGAAAAUGGAUUCAAUGGAUUUUAACAUAUGAGUUUGAGUGUAAAUAAUUUAGUUGAAUCCUCGGAAAAGGAGAUAUUCGAUAAUGGUAGAUUUGAAAAUGUUAGGAAAUACAAUGUAAAUUAAAAAGGAGUAUUUAAAAGAUUAAAAACUUACAGUGAACUUGAA